AAUAUUACUCAGGGUGCUGACGCCAUCAGUGAGGCUUCAAAUUUUGUUUGGUUUUGGUUGUUGCAAAAAUGGAAUCUAUUAUUGUAAAAGAGUUAUAUUUUCUUUUGUUCACCACCCUCUUCAAAAUUAUUUUCUUGGGAAACACACUUGCAGUGGCACAGGAAAAGUAUGGGGUGAAUCUAGGGGCAUUCAUUUUGGACAGAAGCAACCAUGGACUUACAGGAAAUGUGUAUGUCAUUGAUGAAAGUACAUUCCUCAUCAAAAAAUUUUCCUAUGAUGGAAGAGCUCCUGCGACUGAGUUCCGAGUUGGAAAAGGAGAAGAGCCGUCCAUCAACUCCAUUGUUGCUGAAUAUUUCGCUGACAAUAAUGAUGGAACAACCUUGGUAUCAAACUUGGCGAUAUUGGGUAGUCAACAGGAUUUCAGGGAUGUUGACGUGUUGUUCUUGGAGGCAAAGUUAGGUCCAUGGGUGGACUCAAUGGCUUUUGAAGUGAGCAAUCAGGACCUGAGCAACAUCCCACCAUACUUGUAUUGGGAUUUCAGGGAUGUUGACGUGUUGUUCUUGGAGGCCAAGUUAGGUCCAUGGGUGGACUCAAUGGCUUUUGAAGUGAGCAAUCAGGACCUGAGCAACAUCCCACCAUACUUGCCAUUAACAGUUAUUAUGGAAGAACAAGUGAAAACAGUGGUGGUGAUCAAUCCCCCAAAAACAGCAGAGCAUCCUGAUGGAGAGUAUGUGGCCCAUUUGAGCCAAGCAGUGGUGACACCAGAUUUGGUUUUCUUAUCUGGGGCAGUUGGAACAGAUCCCAUUACAGGCAAAUUUGUGUCAGCUGAUGUGGCUGAACAGGCAGCACAGGCCUUGAAAAAUAUCAAAGACAUUCUUCAUGGGACUCAAUGUGGGAUUUCUUUGGAAAAUGUGGUCAAAGCUACUGUCUGGCUGACAGACAUUGCUGACAUAAAGGUGGUGAAUGGAGUUUAUGGGAAAUUUUUUCCUCAAUUGCCUCCAGCAAGAUCCUGCUUCCAAGUCUCCAACUUACCAAUUGGGGCAAAAGUGGAGAUUGAAGUCAUUGCCCUGAGGGGUAAACUGGUCAAACAAGUUAUGCAUCUGGAUGGAUCAGAGCAGGAGGAACUGUCAACCAGCCACAAGCUU